AUGGCUUACGAGCUAAAGAAAGAACCCGCUAUCGCUGCCAGCGAAGAGCCUGUUUCCACGGGGUCUAUCGAAGACAGCAAUAACCAUGGACUACAGCGGAGGUUGAAGCCUCGCCAUCUUCAAAUGAUCGCAAUCGGGGGCGUGAUUGGUACUGGUCUUUUUCUAGGUACUGGCAGUGACUUGCAGCAUGGUGGACCGGCAGGACUGCUUCUGGGCUAUUGUAUCAUGGCCGCUCUUCUCUACUCUGUGAUGGUUGCACUCGGUGAAAUGGCCUCCCAGUUCCCGCUUCCUGGAGGGCAAUUCGCCUUGGCUGGUCGUUUCAAUUCACCCGAACUUGGUUUCGCAAUGGGGGUGCUAUUUUGGUACAACUACAUUGUGGUUCUCCCCGCCGAGAUAUCUGCAGCCGCCGUUCUCAUAAGUUAUUGGACUCCGGCUGGGCAACCGGACUCUACAUGCACUUCUGGAAUAUGCAACAACGCAAUGUGGGUGGGGCUCUUGCUCAUCGUUGUGUACUUGAUUAACUUUGCCGGAACUCGAGUAUUUGGAGAGAUGGAGUUUUGGUUCUGCUCCAUAAAGGUUCUUACCAUUAUCGGGCUGAUUAUCACCGGUAUAAUUAUUAGUGCCGGCGGAGGCCCUAACGGCGAGCCUAUUGCUGGCGCCAAGGGAAGAUUCCUCGGGUUCUUCAGUGUCCUCAUUAAUGCUGCUUUCGCCUUUAUUGGUACGGAAAUCACUGCCAUUGCAGCUGCGGAGACCGCCAACCCUCGGAAAAAUGUCCCCGUGGCUAUCAAGAGUGUUUGGAUCCGUCUUGUGCUGUUCUAUCUUUGCAGCGCUUUCUUGAUCGGUCUGCUUGUAUCUCCAUCAGAUCCUUCCCUUGAUCUUGGAUCAACAGCUGCUAAGAGUCCCUUUGUGAUUGCGAUCAAGAACGCGGGCAUCCCUGUCCUCCCGUCAAUCAUCAAUGCCGCUCUCUUGACAAGUGCCUGGUCAGCCGGCACCGCGGAUCUCUUCGUUUCCACUCGAACCCUGUACGGCCUCGCCGCUCGAGGACACGCCCCAAAGAUAUUUCUGAGGACCCGAAAGGAUGGCUUCCCAUGGGUGUGCUGUCUAUUCUGUGGUGCAUUCUCUUUACUGUCCUUCAUGGCUGCUUCGCACGGUGAAGCUGGGACUGUCUUCGGCUACUUCUCGAAUAUGACCGCUAUUUGUGGCAUGAUAUCCUGGGCCUGUAUCCUCUGGACCUUUCUUCGGUGGCACAAGGGCCUCCAAAAGCAGGGCAUCGACCGAAAGACGCUUCCAUACACAGCACCUUUCCAGCCCUAUCUCUCAUAUUUCGGAAUGUCAAUCAGCCUCAUGGUCAUCAUCUUCGGUGGCUUCAGCUCUUUCAUUCAUACUUUCGACGUCUCCACUUUCAUCACAACCUACUUCCCUAUUGUGCUAUUCGCAGUUUUGUACGUGGGUUAUAAGCUUUGGAAUAAGUCGCACAUGGUCGAUUACUCAGAAAUGGACUUUUCCACCGGAUCCUCGAUUGAGGUACCCGCCACUGAGGCUCCGCAGAGUUUAUGGAAGAAAAUUUCAGAGCGAAUCUAA